ACGUGGACUUUGUUUUUGUUCGUUUUAGUGUGGCUGCAUGCAGUUUGUGGGACAAGCAUGCUUUGCAGACAACAUAACAGUGGAACCUAACUGGAUUAGAACUUGGAUUUCAGUUUCAUCUGCAAAUAUUACGCUGGAUACCACAGGACUAUGAACUGAUAUGAGGGGAACAACCCCAGGUUCUGGCACCGGAACACCAUCACACCGUCAGACCAACAUCAUCACCAGUAGCACCAGUAGCAGGGACGUAUCCAGAGAGUUUGAACAGCGGACCAAGACUGAGCAUCUCAACUGAAGAGACGGGCAGUGUGCUGUCCGAAGACCCAGCCUGACACACGGAGACGGAAAGACGGACGGACAGUCCGAUGCCAACUGUCUCCACUGUCAAUCUCACAGCACCACUCCUCCUCCUGUUGCUAUGGGCAACCCACCCCACCAUGGCAACCAACUGGCUCUCCCUGGCGAGGCUGCCUCGCUCCAGGCCCGUGUCCGGUGCUGCCCCGUGUGCACGGCUGAGGGGGCUGACCCCAGGGCAGGUGGGGGUGUGCAGGGCACGGGGGGAGGUUAUGGAGUCUGUACGCAAGGCUGCCGAGAUGGUCAUAGAGGAGUGUCAACACCAGUUCCGGAAUCGCCGCUGGAACUGUUCCACCACCCCCAGAGGGAUCAAUGUAUUCGGCAGAGUCAUGUACCAAGGUCAGCUCAUAAAGGAGAAAAUAUUUUUAAAAAAAAAUAAAAAAAGGAGAGUCAGUGUUUAAUAUUUUUGCUUUUUAACAGGCACUCGCGAGGCAGCCUUCGUGCAUGCUUUGUCCUCGGCAGCCGUGGCAGUAGCCGUGACUCGAGCGUGCACGCGUGGGGAGCUGGAGAGGUGUGGCUGUGACAGGAAGGUCAGGGGGGUCAGCCCCGAGGGUUUCCAGUGGUCCGGCUGUAGUGACAACCUGUCCUACGGUGUCGCCUUCUCCCAAACAUUUGUGGAUGAACUGGAACGAGCUAAGGGCCUUUCUGCGGGACGACCGCUGAUGAAUCUCCACAACAAUGAGGCUGGUCGAAAAGUUAGUGUCUCGUUCUCCCCACUGUGGAGAUUCAAGUGAUUAUUUUCAUGUUUUGUCCUUCCAUCUUUGGCAAUCCUUCACAACAUGCAGGUGGAGUGCAAGUGUCAUGGUGUCUCCGGUUCCUGCGAGUUGAGGACCUGCUGGAAAGUCAUGCCGCCAUUCCGGCGUGUCGGCAUCGUACUCAAGGAGCGCUUCGAUGGAGCCACAGAGGUACGCUUGACUCGUAUCGGAUCCAGGACCGCCCUGCUCCCCCGUGACCCCCAGGUCAAACCCCCUGCUGCCAGAGACCUGGUGUACCUUGCACCAUCCCCAGACUUCUGUCACCUGGAUCCUGACAACGGUAUCCCCGGUACGGCGGGCAGAAGAUGCAAUGGAACAUCGCGGCUAGCCCCAGAUGGCUGCGAGCUGGUCUGCUGUGGACCGGGUUACAGAGCCGGCAGAGCCGAGGUUGUGCAGAGGUGUUCGUGCAAGUUCUCCUGGUGCUGCUCAGUGCGCUGCCAGCAAUGCAAGAACACGGUCACUAUUCACACCUGCAGAGUUUAAAUCCCCCCUCUGCCUUGCAACUGCCUUUACCCUUUAUUAAAACAAAGCUAACACCUUAGACUGAGAACCCCAACAAACACCAGACAGACACUCCUCAACGACACGAUGAGGAUAAGACUAUUGUACCAUCGAUGACACGUUUAUCUCUUCAUGAGCUUACUUAAUCAUUUUUUUACAACGGAGCAGUGAGGCUGAUCAGAAUUUUUAACAUAAAAAUGAAACACUAAAAAGGUCCAUACUUUACAAAUAAUCAGUAACCCGAGACACAGAGAAGGGACUGUAUAAAUAAGAUCGGACUCUUCCUGCUACUUUUCGGACGUGUUGAAUUAUGUGAAUGUAAACAUGAUGUACUUCAAUGCAACUUUGUUAAGCAUGUUCGAACUAAACUAAAACCAUUACCACUACCAAUCAUAAUCCUGAAACUGACCAAAUAUGCGUAUGCAUAACAGACAUCACUCAUACAGCUGUCAUCCUGAAAAUGACAAUGCUCUCAAAGCGGAACAUAAGAGGAACUAACAAGUGGAAACUUUCCAGCACAAUAUAUUUUUUAUUUUA